UUCUCAAACCAUCGCCAGAAGAUGGAAGAUGGUGUUGUGAAGCAGGGCUUUCUCUACUUGCAGCAGCAGCAGACUUUUGGGAAGAAAUGGCGGAAGUUCUGGGGCGUGUUAUACAGUGGGGGUGUUUGUGCUGCUGCCUGCCUAGAGCUCCUGGAUGGUUCUGGCCCUUCAUCCACAGAAACUGCAAAGAAAGGUGGAAGCAGCAAGCACCUCAUCAAACUGAGUGACUGUGUUCAUGUGGCUGAGUCUGCUGGAGAAGCCAACAGCCCAAAGGAAACCAUACCUUUUUUCUUGGAAACCACUGAGAAGUGCUACCUGCUGGCUGCUGAAAGAACUGAGGCAGCUGACUGGAUUCUGGUGAUUUGUGAACAUGCUUUCUUGAAAAGCAGGGAAGAUUGGAAAACAGUGGUAGAGAAGGACUUCCUGAAAGGCAAGGCCACUUCAGUUUUGAUGGCAGAGAACACUCUCUACAGCUCCUCAUGCAAAGCAGCUUCUGCAAAAGAGUUCCCUGUGACGGUGAAGGCAACACAGGCUUCUGAGUGCUGUCAGCUCUGGGGCAGGUUUCUCCUUCGAGCUAAAGUGGAUGCCUUGGAACUAUGCAGCAUACAGAAGGGGGAUGUGUUCUACACUUGGCCAUACAAGUUCUUGCGGAGAUUUGGUCAUGACAAGGUGAUGUUCAUGUUUGAAGCUGGACGAAGAUGUGCUUCUGGGGAAGGCAGCUUUGAAUUUUUAACCAAGCAGGGCGAUGAGAUCAUUCAGGUCAUUGAAGCAGCCAUCAACGCACAGAGAGCUGCUGAGAUGUCAGACAGAUGCAAGGGAGGCUCUUUGAACAACUCCUUGAAGACUUCCCUUCUUGUCAGAGCUACCAGUGAGGCCAGGUCUUAUGAAGAAGGCACUUCAGGCAAAAAAGUCACUUCAGUGACAGAAGGGCAGCCGUCCCAUGCAGCCACCACCAAAUCCCUCUCCCUGGGGUCCAGCUGUCCAGGAAACCCAUCUAACAGGGGGAGACUGAUGAAGCCCAUUCCCAGCUGCCCCUUGCCCAGCACCAGGUUCUCAUACUUAGAACUCUCCCAUUCCCUUCCCAGAAGAGAUCCCCAAUAUGGACCUGGGAUGCUGGAGAAUGCAGGGAAAAUGAAAGCUCCACAGGUCAAAGGGGAGCAUGACCUGGAGCAUGAGGAGUCAUUAGAUUCUGCCUCCAACUCACUGCCGAGCAGAGGUGGCAACCACCCCCGGCAAACUGCUAGGGAGGCACCAACCCCAUUGGUGGCAUGUGACAGAAGUGACACAUUGGGCUUUACCUUAGCUGGUUCAGGCCUGGAACAUGUCUAUGAUAACCCAGAGACUCUGGCCCAUGUGGUUUAUGAUGAGCCCCAAGAAAUCAAAGGGGAGGCCUGGAAGCUACAGGCUACUGCCGAGGAUCCUGUUGGCCAUGAAUAUCCCUAUAACCCAUACCUGGAUGACUAUUCUGUGCCCAGAAUGGCAGCAUCUUCUACGCUCAGGCUAUCUGGACGAGACAAAAACUCGCUUGACGAAUCCGCGUUUGAUAAGAUGAUCCAGAGGUUCAAGAAAAAUCAGAAUGCACAGUGAAAAGAAGAGGACAGGAGGAAAGGAAGGGCCAGCUCAGUGGAUCAAGUUGUUUUGGGA